UUCCACUAAAACUCAAACUCAAGCAUUACCACUAUGGGUAAGACAACGACACUGCUCCUCUUCUUGUUCUUCACGCUCCACCUCAAGACCUCCUUAUCUAAAGAUCUCUGUCACAAAGAUGACAAGAACACCCUCCUCAAGAUCAAGAAGUCACUUAACAACCCUUACAACAUCAUCUCCUGGGAUCCCAAAGACGACUGCUGCACCUGGGUCUCCGUUGAGUGCGGCGACGCAACUGUUAAUCACCGUGUCACCUCCCUAGACAUAUCAGGCGACAAGGUAUCAGCUCAGAUCCCUCCUGAAGUCGGUGACUUACCUUAUCUGCAAACACUCAUCUUCCGCAAGCUCUCUAACCUCACCGGCCCAAUCCAACCCACCAUCGCCAAGCUCAAAUAUCUCCGUUUUCUCAGGCUCAGCUGGACCAACCUGACCGGUGCUAUUCCUGAUUUUCUUGGCCAGCUCAAGGAUCUCGAGUACAUAGACCUUUCCUACAACGACCUCUCUGGUUCAAUACCUAGCUCUCUUGCUUUGUUACCUAAGCUCGGGUAUCUUGAACUCAGCAGGAACAAGCUCACGGGUCCGAUACCAGAGUCAUUUGGGUCGUUUCCAGGAGAAGUCCCUGACCUUUUCCUAUCACACAACCAGCUUUCUGGUUCGAUACCGAAGUCACUAGGCAAGCUAGACUUUUACCGGAUCGAUCUUUCCCGUAACAAGCUCAAAGGUGAUGCUUCCAUGUUGUUUGGAACCAAUAAAAAGACAUGGAUCAUUGAUAUAUCAAGAAACAUGUUCCAAUUCGAUAUCUCCAAGGUUAAGGUUGCUAAGACAGUUAAUCUCUUGGACUUGAACCACAAUGGGAUCACAGGGAGUAUCCCGGUUCAAUGGACCCAACUUAGUCUUCAGUCUUUCAAUGUUAGCUAUAACAGAUUGUGUGGACCUAUCCCCAAGGGAGGGGAUUUUCACAGAUUUGAUGCUUAUGCCUAUCUUCACAACAAGUGUCUGUGUGGUGCACCUCUUCAGAGAUGCAAGUGAAGUUUCCAGCAACCAAGCUUUCUUUAUUACCACCAGUAUAAAUAAAGUCUAAGGACAUGUGCAUUUUUCAUUCGGAAUAAUUAAUAAAAACAUGAAGCAAAUUAAUGUGCA